CGGUGUUUGCUACCCCGAUAGACGGAGAGAGUUGUGGAUAUUUGCAGGAAAAGUGUGUAAAAAGAGUCUUUUGAUAUGGGAACUCGAGACGAUGAAUACGAUUACUUGUUUAAAGUUGUUCUAAUCGGAGACUCCGGCGUGGGGAAGAGUAAUCUUCUGUCUCGAUUCACAAGAAAUGAGUUCAACUUGGAGAGCAAGAGCACCAUUGGGGUGGAGUUCGCCACCCGCAGCAUCCAGGUGGACGGAAAGACGAUCAAAGCUCAGAUCUGGGACACCGCUGGACAAGAGCGCUACAGAGCAAUCACCUCAGCGUAUUAUCGAGGUGCAGUCGGGGCCCUCCUAGUUUAUGACAUCGCCAAGCACCUGACGUAUGAGAACGUGGAGCGCUGGCUGAAGGAGCUGAGGGACCACGCCGACAAUAACAUCGUCAUCAUGCUCGUGGGGAACAAGAGCGACCUUCGCCACCUCAGGGCCGUGCCCACGGAUGAAGCUCGAGCCUUUGCAGAAAAAAACACGCUGUCAUUCAUUGAGACCUCAGCUUUGGACUCCACCAAUGUCGAAGAAGCGUUCAAGAACAUUCUUACAGAAAUUUACCGUAUUGUAUCUCAGAGGCAAAUAUCGGACAGAUCUGCACACGAUGAUUCACCAGGCAACAACGUUGUGGACAUCAGCGUCCCCCCAACCAUGGACGGGCAAAGAGGAAACAAACUCCCCUGCUGCCAGAGCCUGUGAUCCUUGCAGUUUCCUCCCUUCUCUGCUUUACUUCAACUGUCAUACGCCUUUCAUCACUUCCAUCUUAUUUUAUUUUU